UAGUCACUACUCACUAGUCACUCUACUCAGUAAGUCAGUAUUCACUACCCACUAGUAUCUCAGGUCUUUUAAGUCUUUCCCCAUGCACGUUUUGGUGUGGUGACAUCGUUACACGAAUUAAGUAAGUUUAUAUGAAAAACUUAAUUCUUUGGAUAAUUCUCAUAGUUUAAUAGCUAUAUUUCUUUGGAUCAAAAUAGAAUAUUCUAAUAUCAGAAUAAUAUAAAACAUGUCGGACUGGGAAUCUGAUUGUGACGAUAACUAUUCAACUCUAUCACAAAAUAGAACACCGCCUCAACAAAAUUUCCAAUCGAGAGGAAGUUAUUCUGGCCAAAGCCAAAGAGGCGGUCAGUAUUCUAGAAAUACAGCACGUGGUAGAGGUUAUUUUCGUGGUAAUAACAAAGUCAUAUCAAUACCCUCAACUAAAGUUGGGCGAGUGAUAGGUCGAGGAGGAUUAAAAAUUCGCGAUUUAGAAUAUGAGAGUGAAGCGAGAAUAAAAAUUGGUAAUUCAGCAGGUGACAACACAGAUAUCACACUAUUUGGAACUAAUUCUGCGAUUGAAAAAGUUGAACAAAUGAUUAAGGAUCUUACUAUAGAUAAAGAGGCGUCAGAAAAGCAGAAUUUACAGCCAGAGACUGCUUCUCAGGUUAGCGUAUAUGAAAAAUUUACAUAUGUGAAUAGUGAAGGAAAGAAAGUUACAGAUUGGGCAGCAGCAUCAGCUUAUGCUGAUCAGGCUCAAAGAGAAAUGUGGGACAAAUUACCACCUAUUGUGAAAAACUUUUAUAACGAGGAUCCUACAAUUGCUGUAAUGCCUCCAAAUGAGGUUGCUUAUUGGCGCCUGUGUAACUUUGAUAUUAAAGUAACAAGAAUAACAGAAAACUUGGAAGCAGAAGCAAUACCAAAUCCAGUGUUGACAUUUGAACAAGCAUUUAAAGAUUAUCCAGAAAUACUUGAUGAAAUAUGUAAACAACAAUUUACAAAACCUUCUCCAAUUCAGAGCCAAGCUUGGCCUGUUUUACUAAAAGGAGAAGACAUGAUAGGCAUUGCACAAACAGGAACUGGCAAAACUUUAGCUUUCUUGUUGCCUGCUUUAAUUCAUAUUGAAGGGCAGCCAACACCUCGAGAAAAGAGACCGGGGCCAACUGUACUUAUUCUAGCUCCAACAAGAGAAUUAGCUAUACAAAUUCAGAGAGAAGUCAACAAAUAUCAUUACAAAGGCAUUAAUAGUGUAUGCAUAUAUGGGGGUGCAGAUCGCCGUGAACAGAUUGACAGUAUCUCAAAGGGGGUGGAUAUUGUUAUUGCAACGCCAGGCAGAUUAAUUGAUUUGAUCAAAGCAAACCAUAUAGAUACUGCCCACUUCUCCUUUAUAGUAUUAGACGAGGCAGAUCGAAUGCUAGACAUGGGCUUUGGACCACAGAUCAAUGUUUGUUUCUUGAAUGUGAGACCUGAACACCAAUGUGUCAUGACAUCUGCCACCUGGCCUUCUGCUGUCCGCCGACUGGCUGACAAGUAUAUGCACAAUCCGAUUUAUAUAAAUGUUGGGUCCAUGGACUUGGCAGCAGUGCACACUGUUACCCAAAAAGUAAUGGUUGUUAUGGAGGAAGAAAAAGAUACUAUUCUGCUGGACUUUAUACGUAAUAUGGAUCCGACAGAUAAAGUUCUGAUUUUUUGUGCCAAAAAAAAUACAGCUGCUGACGUCACUGCAAAUUUGGCGUGUAAGGGAUACUACUGUGAAUCCUUGCAUGGUGAUAGGGAUCAGAGUGACAGAGAAGCAGCUUUAGAAGAUAUAAUGAAUGGAACAGUCAACAUAUUAGUUGCCACAGAUGUUGCUUCCCGGGGGAUUGACAUAAAAGACUUAACUCAUGUUAUAAACCUAGACUUUCCAUUGAAAAUUGAGGAGUAUGUUCAUAGAAUUGGAAGAACAGGAAGGGCCGGUAAGACAGGGAUUGCAUUAUCUUUAGUGACAAAAUAUGAUUGGGCAAAUGCCGGUGAAUUGAUAAAAAUUUUAGAAGAAGCUCACCAAGAGGUUCCCAGUGAGUUAAGAGAAAUGGCUGACCGGUUUGAAGCCAAAAAGUCAACAAGUAAACAUGGUCGAGGUGGGCGUGGUAGAGGAAGAAGACCACAGUGGUGAAGUGUAUUAAAAAGUAUUAUAAUUUUUUAUAUUAUGUUUGACAUAAUUAGGCAUAGUUUUAUUAUUUAAGUUUUUUCUUUUUAUAUAGUUUUUUCUCUUGUUCCAGAAGUAUUUGUUUAUUUUUUCUUUUAUAUUUCUGGUUUUAAAAUUUAGUGUUUAAUUUUAUCUGUGAUGGCUUACAAAUUUUUUUAGGAAUGAAAUUUGAAAGUUUUAAUUAAAAAAAAUAUGUCUAUUGAAAGAUGUCCAUAUAAUGGCCAUAAUAGUUUUUUAGAUAAGAAAUUCCCACCACAUGUUAUUAAGUACUCUUAGGCUAAAAUAAGGUAUAGAAAUCUCAUGUGAGAAGUAUUUUUAUAGUUAUUUUUUGAUCUCUGUAACUAGUAUAGAUUUUUUAAAUAAAUGAAGUUUUGCAUGCUG